CUUUCGCUUUCGAAGUCUCUUUUGGUCAGUACUCAAAGAUCUUACGACUGGACUGGUUUAGUGAUAGCAAGUGUGGGAGUUUGUAAAUUAUUAUGUUGAAAACAGAGUAUUCAAUUACACUAAUUUUUAGUUUAAUUCAUGUUGGCCAUACUAUUCCCCCAGGUGAAAACGGUAAAGACCUACCCAAUAACUUUCAUCUGGAGCAAUAUCAAUCCAGAAUAAAAAUACCUACAGGCUCGGGUGCAGCUUCAGGUUCAGGUUGUAAAUUCGGAAAAAAACCGGUAAAAAUUUAUAAAACCGAUGGUAAUGGAAAAACGUUUCUCGACAUUCAAUAUAUAAAUGUCGGAUAUAACUACGAAUACAAUAUAAACUGCGGAACAGUGGGUGGAAGUGAGUCGCAAUAUCCAUCUCAAGAUGAUAAUGCUAUCACCUAUGGGGGUGGACAUAAACCUCAUAGACCUAUCUUUGGUGGUCAUCACAAACCAGGAUUUGGAAAUCAUCAUAAACCAGGAAUUGGAAAUCAUCAUAAACCAUUGGGUGGAAAUCAUCAAGGAACUGCAUCAGAAGAUACAGAUUUGGAUGAAACACACAAUACUAAUAGACCAAACCGACCAUUUCUCUCCAACUUUUUCGGAAAUAGACCGUUUCAAAAUAUUUUUGGACAAUCACAUCAAUCUUCAGAAGCUCAACAACCAGGUGUUUUCAAUAAUAUCGUAAACAGUUUUACCAGCAUCCUCCCUUCUCCUCAAGACUUUGGACAAGGUCUAGGGGAUGGUAUUUCAUCGUUUAUCCUGACGAUACCCCAAAUAGGACAAAGUUUUCAGUCAUUGUUACCUAAUUUUGGAAACUUUUUUGGUGGUGCACCUUCAGUACAGAAUAUACCAAAUCCACCUAGCCCUGUGGACCCUGGGGAUAUGACUUACAACGAUGAAAUAAAACCAGUUCACGAAGAGCAUGAUCCUGUUACAGAUCCCUACAAGAAUCGUCUCCGACCUGGUCAGUAUUUGGUAGCUUCACAUCCGUUGUUCGGUAGCGCCACAUUUGACUUAUCACCCAUUAACCCUAUCAAACUUUACCAACAGUUUACUGAUGAGGUGGCGGAUUAUUUUGGAGAUUUUUUUAAAUUUAGAAGAUAUAACUAACUACUGGUUUUCAUGAGGUUACUCUAAUUCUACGAACUUUUAUCCAAAAUACCAAAAUUAUCAUUCGAGAAUCAGACAAGAGGACUACAAAAUUUCAAGUAGAAGCUUCGAUCGAGAUGUGGAAGAAAUGAUCAAUUCUAGAUCCUUUGAAGGACGAAGAACGCAGUAUAAAGAUAACCGUAAUAUUAAAUUUCUUUCGUAAGAAUUAGAUUAUAUUGAGAAUAAUUAAUAAAAAAUAAUAGAAUGUU